UGCUGCUGCUGCUGAGCUGGACCAGCGCUCCACAGGCUGGGCGCGUUCACCGUGGCCGUAGAUAUAAGAGAAAAAGAAAAGUUUCUGCAAGAGGAAAUGAGUUUACAGGUGCUUAUAGGACCUAAAUUGGAUUGUACGUUUGAUCAGUGGCGUCUUAUUGGCCUAUAUUGUCUAAAAAUAACUUUGUCACAGUCCCGUUAUAAAGAGCGCACCAUGAGGACUCAACUGUGCUGAUCUCUGAGGCACCAAAGCUAUUUCUGCAGAAAGGUAUCUGAAUCUUCGGUAUGCCGCCCCCAGGGCCCCCGCCACCGCCUCCACCGCCUCCACCCGGCCCCCCGCCACCGCCUCCUCCCUCCGCCGCCCUGCCACAGUGCCCUUUGGAGCCUCCUCAGCUCCAGCCUGGCGGAGGAGGUGGAAGAAAUGCUCUGUUGGCCGACAUCCAGAAAGGCGCCAAACUCAGGAAAGUCACACAGGUCAACGACCGGAGUGCUCCUGCAGUUGAUAAGUCCAAGACUAACACAGGAGAUGUUGGCUCUUCUCAAAACCAAUCAGCUGGGAUUGGACCCACAGGACCCUCACUAAGUGGAUUGUUUGCUGCAGGGUUUCCCACUCUCAGGCCUAUUGGUCAUAGAGACUUACCAAGCAAGACCCAAGUGUCUCGGUCCAGCUCCUCUGCCUCCUUGAGGCCGCAGUGGAACCCUCCUACAUCGGCGGACUCGAGCAGCCUUCCAGAGUCUCCCAAGACGGCAGAGAUCCAAAACUCCUUCCAACGUCUUCUCACUUCCUCCGCCUCUGCUCCACCCUCCCCCUCUCACGGCAGCAAGCACCCACCACAGUUCCCGGCGUCCUCACCCCCGACGCCUCCGCCCGCCCCUCCCUCUGUGCUUCCCCCUCCUCCGCCACCUCAAGCCGAACGACCAGCCAACAAGCCCCCUUCCCUUCCCUCCUGCCCGCCUCCUCCUCCUCCAUCCCAGGUCACCAGGCCAACAUGGCUACCUGUUCAACAUUCUCACCACACAUCCUUGCCCCAGCCAUCGACUCCUCCUCCUCCACCUCCCCCUCUCACACACCCGCCUCCUUCAUCCAUCCCAGACCGCUCGUCAGGUUACUUCUUCUACUCUCCGCCUCCCUUCUCUGAACCGUCCAGGUUCCCCAUUCUGCGUGAUAGCCCCCUGGGACCUCCUCCACCUCCUCCUCCCCCGCCUUUACCGACGUCCUUCACCCCAAGCUGCCCAACCACCCUUCCACCACCGCCACCCAAAGUGGCCCCGGUGCCCUCGCCAGCCAUGCGCUCGCUGCCACCGUCAUACCCUUGCAACGUUCCCACUCGGCGCCCGCCGGCUGUGCCCAGAAGUUUAGGUGUGGGUCGGCUGCUGGCUCCUCCACCGGCUCCUCCGGCACGUUCCCCCACCACAGAGUUGUCCACCCGCAUUCUUCCCCCUCCGCCUCCACCACCUCCAUUCAGCCUUAGGAAUGGACACCUCCACAGUCUGGUAGACGACUUUGAAUCCAAGUUCCAGUUCCACCCUGUAGAAGACCUCCCGCCGCCCGAUGAAUUCAAGCCUUUCCCUCGCGUUUACCCAAGCAAAGAAAACAGAGUGAACCCAAAGCCACCUGGGAUCAGGACACACCUCAGAUGAGUCACUGAGCCUCCAACUUCUUUCUCACUCGAAGAACACUGCUCCUCGGUCGGCCGUUUGACGGCUCCAGACACUCACAAAAUGGACACAGAGACUAAUUUAUCCUUGGUGUGUUUGCGUGUUCUACGUGAGCGUGAGUGUGAAACAGGGUCCAGCCUUAUUCCGACUGUGCGACCUCUGACCUUUUUCAGCUCGGAAUGUUUUCAAUGUGUGUGAGGAGGAGGGCUCGACAGACUAGAUACAGUCUCUACACACUAAGUCGUGGGAAAAAGUCUUCCAUCACUUUUUUUUUUUGUACUUUUUUAAAACAUUUUUAUCAAUUUACACACUAAUGGAAGGACUGAAAAGUUAGAUUUUUGUCAUCUUGUGUUACCUCAACUCUACAUUGUGUACUACAUUAAUAGCCGCAACUUUUUAAAGACAUACAAACUUGUCUUUGUCCAAGAGUUAUGCUGCGUUUAAGUUGAACUUUAAGCAGAAUUUUGUACAUUUCUUUUUCUUGUCAUUUCUAAAUGGUCAAGCAACACACACGCACACGCCCACACACACCCAGACAUGCAUUUUAGUGGAUGUGCUGAAUUUUGGAGUAAAAAACAAGGUUCCAUGUACAUCCUUUAUGAUUAUUCAGUCUUACCUGUUUGCUUGGUAGUUUUUGCAUACAGCAUAAUGGUGCUCCUUUGUAUUAAUUGACUUUUAUUUUUAGAGAAAUUGAUGAGACUGACAUGCAAGGAUGGACUAAUAGGAUGUUUGGGAUUAAGAUUUUAUGAGCAGAUAAUAAAUGAGUUCAGCUGUUUUCCUCGUUCCAGCAGCAGCUAGCACAAAGUUUAAAAGCUGGGAGGACAGUGCCAUCUGCUGGUCAAAUGUGAAGGUAUCAACAAAUUAACAAAAGUUGGCACAAACGACAUUACUGACGUGUAUCUACUCCAUUUCUGAUAAUGUCUACAGUGGAAGACUGACCACAAGCACUGAACAAAAGUAUUUGGAAAUAAAAUAAAUUGUGCAGUAUUGGAUACACC